UAGCUACCGAUCCAGAGGAAUAAUUAAGCUUGAUGUCACAGAAAGAGGCCUCUCCAUCUUCAGCAGGCCAUUCAAUAACUUCUGUUAAUUCAACAAAUGCCACCUCCACUGCAAACUCUUCAACUUCAGAUUCGCUGUACGCAGCAAUCCCCUUGAAAUAUACAUCUUUGGUUAGAUCCAAGACUCAAGGAUACCUCUAUGAAUCAAAUACUGGACUAUGGAGAGAUCUAAAAGCUAAUGAUACAUUGGUCCUUUCCCAAAUUGCUCAAAAUUUAAGUGGGAACUACAAGAUCAUUGACAACUUUGCUGGCUUAGAUGCUCAACUCUCACAAUUGUUAGCCAAUGAAUACUUGGCUGUGUCAGAAUCAAGAGGAAAUGAACAACUAUUACAUCUAAAAAUUGAUUCAUCAAGUGAUCAAACCAUCAAAGAGCAUUCAAGAUUAUUACAAAGAUAUCAAAAGGUUGACUUUAAGACACUGCUUGUUGAUAGAGGGAAGUUCAGAACCGUAUUCACCCCAACCGGUAUUGCCCAAGAUUUCCAAGAUUCUUUAACCCAACUUGCACAUUUCUGUGAGGUGGAAAUAUUGAUUAGUGCUAAGGUUGAGUAUUUCAAUUUAUCAAUCAAUCAAGAAUCACAGCCUGAUUUGUUGGACCAAAAUCUUUAUAUUUACAUCUUGGGUGAUUCUGAUGAUACAACAUUUGCCGAAACUAGAAUAAGAAUCUUACUUGAUAAUUACUUGGACCUUUUUGUGGACUCUGUUGAAGUUCCUUUAUCAAUGAUACCAUUAGUUGGUGGAGUUUCAUUUGGUGAUUUCAGGGCAAUUGCUAAAGAAACAGGUGUUAAUAUCUAUCUCCCUUCAAUCUUACCAGAAUUAGCACAAAACUCCAAAAGACACAAUCUAGAUAACAUCUAUUUGUCAGGAUUAGAAGCUCAAGUUUUGUUGGCUAAGAAGUUUUUGCUAGGUAUUGUUGAAAAGAGAAAGGAUGAAGUCUUCUAUAAAAAUAUUGAUAUAUUGAAAUUCAAAAAGGAUUCGAUAUUAUUGAACUUCAAAGACGAUAUAAGUUCAAUCAUGUGCAAAUAUGGUGUCUUCAUCCAACUGCCACCUCUAGGUGCUGAUGAAUCUACAAUCCACUUCCAAGGUACUACAUCUGAAUUAGUUGAACGUGCCAUCGUUGAUUUCACAACAUUAACUAAUGAAAUAUUCUUAACAAAUGUUUGGUUUCAUAAGGACACUUCAUCAAACGGCCACUUUGACCCUGCUGAUUUGAACGUUAAUGCUGGUGAACUGUAUGACCUAGUAUCAAGAAUCUCAAUAGCUUCCAAUGUUUCAAUUUACGUCAAUAAAGAUGCAGCUUCUUUUGAGUUUUGGGGGUCUCGGGAUGACUCUCUUAAAGCUAUUAAACAGUUCAACAGGUAUGCAAAUCAACUUUACAAUGAUUUCAAGCCAGAAAUUGAGUUCAAGAUUGAAUUAGGUGUCAGUUAUCACGAAUUUAUUAGUGGUAAGAAAAAUGGUAAGAUUUCAAAGAUUAUGAACAAUUUCAAAACUUCAACGAUCAACUUUGAGCCAUUGAAUGAAUACAGUUUAUUGGUUGACUUGAAGUCUAUUGAUUUCAAUGAAUUCUUGAACUCUUAUGAACAGUUACAAAAUGAGUUCCCAUCUGAAAUCAGAUUCUACAUUCCUGAAGCUUUCCAUAGACAAAUUAUUGGUACUGGUGGCUCAUUAAUUCAAUCAAUUAUGAGAAAGUACAAUGUUUUCAUCAAAUUUUCCAACAGCUAUGAUUUGAAAAAUAACUUUAAAAGCCCAAUAAGAUUUGAUAAUGUUAUUAUCAGAUGUCCAUCGAAAAAUUCUUCAAACAUACCAUUAGUUAAAAAUGAACUAAACAGCUUGUUGAUCAACAAUGAGAAUACAACUUUUUUCAACACCUAUUUCAAAUUAUCAAGAAACCAGUUCCGUUUGUUUGAUUUUAACAAGAUUCAACAAAUUGAAAAGAAAACUUCGACUUUUGUUAGAUUUCCAAAUUCAGAGCCAAAUGAUUAUGCACUUGUUGAAGUACUUGGUACUGAAAAUCACUCGGUGAAUGCCACAAAACUUUUCAUCAACGAAUUAGCUGAAAGUUAUGAAUUUAAGAUAACUUACUCAAAGAAAUUCCAUCAAAUUAUCAAUGAUACAAAUGAGUCCUAUGUUGAAAAGAUAAAGGUACCAUUUAAAAUUUUAUACAAUUUCGAGAUUAUGGGAAUUGACAAUAAGACUGAAGAAUCAGUUCCAUAUCAUUCAAUCAUUUUGAGUUUCUUACCAGAAAGUGAUUUGUUUUUAGAAGAUGCCAUAACCUACUUAACCAGUUUCUUGCGUGAAAAUGAGUUCAUGAUCUUGGAUAGAGGUGAAUUAUCAAAUAAUGACUCUAUAAUUCAUGGUUCAGCAUCAAGAUAUACCCAAUUCAAUCAAAAUAACUACAACAUUAAGUUGAAUGCAAAAUCCCACAGUGCUGGUGGGUUUUAUGAUACCAAUUUCUCAAAAUACCCACUAUCUGAUGUACCAGUUCAGUUACCACAAUCGCAACAAUUAUUUCAAUUACCAAACCUUCAUGAAAGAAUUCUUGUUUCUCAGCCAACUUUAGUUCAACCAUUAGGUGUUCAUACUGUCAAUCAACAACCUCAACAACAGUUGAAAAAACGCCCGGUUACACAUAAUGGCUAUGAUAACAUUGCCAAUAAACAAAAUUUCCAGCAAAGAAGGCCAUUUUGAUCAAUAAUACCCACAUAUUUAUGCCAAAAGUUUCAUCAUAUGUCAUUUUUCAUACCACUAAACCAUUAUUUCUGCUUUUUCUCAUCUUUUUAACAAUACC